AUGUCUCUCAUCACCACUACCCCGGGCAAAUACUUCUGGGCAAUUGGUGCAAGCCUUUUCAGCCUUGCCAAACUCCCGUUUCUUUCACUCUACUAUCUGCCUAACGUCAAUCGACCGCAUCCAGAAUGGUCUGUCCUGCAAUGUGUCUUGAACAACUUGAUGAACGCUUUUGUUUACCACACCGCCGUCGUGGAGGCGGUCACCCCCCUGGACCUCCGGCCUGGAUCUCUAGGAAAUCGAUUUAUUGCCAUUCCGCCCUUAGCUGACGCGCUAUCUACCGAUAUUCUAACAUCAGAUCCAAACAUUAAAUCCCAGGCUACCGGAGGAAUAUGGUUUCCCAAAGCCUUGGAGGAGGGAUAUCCUAAAACAAACAAACCCAUCGUUCUUCAUUUCCACCCUGGCGGCUAUGUCAUGGGCGAUGUGAGAAUGGAUGGUGCGUUCGCAGCGCGCCUACUGGUAGAAAAGGUUGGAUCUUACGCUUUGUGGAAUCUUUAUAGACUUGCAUCCAAUCCAAACGGACGGUUCCCAGCAGCGCUUCAGGAUGCAUUGGCGGCCUACGAUUAUCUCCUUCGGGAUCUGGCCAUACCUGCGUCACAGAUCGUUCUCUCCGGUGACUCGGCGGGUGCACACAUCGUGAUAUGUAUGUUGCGUUAUCUCGCAGAGCACGGCGAAGCUAUUGGACUACCCGCGCCACGGGGAGCUCUGCUGUUUUCGCCGGCAAUCAAUUUCUUGGCCGCCACGGAGCCAAAGAGCACGUCGGAGAACCGAAAUUACAAGAACGACUAUAUGGAUCCAACAUUCGUAACAUGGGGGGCCCAGCAAUUUGUCACAGGUGACCCAAAGGCAACUGCAUAUAUGAACCCAUUGGCUUCAGCAUUCAAGAGCCCCUGUCCAAUCUGGGUUUAUUGCGGCGGUUGCGAGAUCUUCUACGAUGAUGCCACUGAGUUUGUGGAGAAGAUGGAGGGCAUCCCAGGGAAUGAUGUAACAUAUGUGGUGGAACGGUUAGCGAACCAUGACAUUUUCUUCGCCGGAAACCUACUUGGCUGGAGGAAAGAGGCGGAAAAUAUUGCAGAUAAGGCCGGCAAAUGGGUAGCUGGGUUAGUAGAAUAG